AUGCAGCCCGGCGAGCUGUACCCGCUCGGCGAUGGCGACAUCGUGUGGCUCGUCGGCGACCCGUCGGGCCACCAUCGCCACCCGAUUCGGAUGCGGCGCGCCCCGCCGGACGAUUCACCUCGUUGCUAUCCCGCCGCAGCCACGCUGCCGGCCGAGCCGUCAGCGUCGGCGGCGGUCUGGCUCGGGGGCAAGUACUGCUCGUACGAUGAGGGCGUCAACGCGAAGCUUGAGGAGGCGCUGGUCGCGCGUGGCAAGUCGUCGGUGCGGGUGCGCGUCGGCGGGAGGGCAUACCUUGUCCGCCGCGCUGAGGCAGGAGGCGACGCGGAGUUUGAGCAGGUCCCGGUGGGCCAGCCGAGCAGGGCGCGCAGCGUGCGGCGCAACGAG